UUGUUCUUUAUGAGCUCUCUGCCCUAAAUCUAAUUAUUAUCUUACAGUAUUUAUUGACAAUUUUUUUAUUUAUUUUUUUCCCUUACAGACUGAUAGUCUAAUUAGUUUGAUCUGUGCUCUCUGCGUGUAGCCAUUAGACCAUCUGACCCAGACCACUGUUGCAUUGUUUACAUUAACAGGACAUGCUGCUGCGAGAUCAUUAGCUUGUUUGGUUGUACGUGUCCAUAUUUAAGAGGCGAAGAAGAGGUUCUGCCUCAAACCCGAUCACCCAGAGAGCACGGUAGCAACUGCAGUAAGCAGCAGCAGCACAGGAGCCUUUACUCGCACCGUUACACACAUCUGAAUUUCAUAGCCAACCUCAUGUGCCCAUGGCCUCAAGGCAGCCUUUUUACAGAUUUCACAUAUUAUGUAACAUCUCAGUUUUACAGAAGCCUGAAGUGCAACACGGGACAUUUGAGUAGUGUGCAAACAGGGCUGGUAUCUUACACUGUAUGUGCAAAAUCUAUUACUUUGGUGGAAAUUUCCAUCAGCCCUUAUACUUUCAGCAUGCAUUUUAAGCUGUCACUAGUGUGAUGUGUCACAGAGCAGAAGGAGGGGGAAAAAACACAUCCCCAUAUUUAGUGUGAAGUUAUGGUUGUCGACCAUGAAAUUCAGUUCUCUGAGGCGAGCUUCUAGAAGAUUCUUUCUAACUGAGAACAUGCAGUAUUCCACCCACGUAUCACUGCUGAUUAAUACACCAUUUGUCUUAUUUUUAUUAUUUAUCCAUGUGCUAGGCUGCUACUACUGUGCUAAUUUCAACACAGUGACAUAUCACAGAUAAUUAACCUUUAGAGCUAAUGCUUAUUCCAUGCGCUAAUGUAAGCUAAUUAUUAUUUCAGUAUGUUGUGUGCGUGCCAAGGUGACAAAUCAUCUAACUGUGGUGAGACUUGCUUAUAUUUUGUAUUACCAAUGACUAAAAAUGUUUCACACCAACUAUGCCAAGCAUUUUUCUUCAUUAGAUUGGUUCUUUUACAGAUAAGACUUCUUGGCACUAGCUAUGCCACACAUCUUUGCUUUUAUCAUCAGCUUUACUGUCAGCUUCUGCCUACAGUCACUGUCAGAAACGAGGCAAGCUUGGCCAAAAAAAGACUAAAAGCUAAAUGACUGAUCUCACGUCAGCCUUUCAGGACCAGGACCCGAAUGACUGAUCUCACGUCAGCCUUUCAGCCUUUCAGGACAGGACACAGCAUCAUCCUCCACUUGAACUUCUCCAAAUUCAUUCAAGAUCUGUCUCCGAGCUAGUUGGGGCCACUUAAGCCAUCACUGCAGUAGAUGGCAGUCAUGCUGGGACUUUCAGGUUAACUUGGGCAGAAAGCGAACCUGUUGCGUAAUCAUCAGGGUUAUGCACUUCAGCAGUCUGACCACAACCCUGCCGGAGCGACCAGCGCAUGAGAGCUUUGUUUCCAACAACAAACACACUGAAGCACUUAAAAAUGUGGAAACUUUAAAUACAAUGUCUGGCCAUUAAUUCUGUCUGUAGGACAAAGUCAUGACAACGAUCUUGUGUUUAUCUGGUAUUUUUCCGGAAGAUUGAGUGCUGCUGGGGACCCAGGCGCAGAUGACCUCCUAUUCUGUGCGCACACACUCAUCCGAGAGAUGCGGUCAAAGUUUCUUAGAGAGCCGUGGCGCUCAGAGAGCAGUAAUGAGCACGAGCAGUGCCGAUGUGCACAGUGAGUGAUGAAUCACCCGUUAAUGACCUGUCCUCGGACGCUCAUCAAAAGCCCGGCGUGGCAAGAAGCGGCUGCCGCAUGCGGCCAGCGGCGAGAAGGCUGUUUGCCAGGCAGGGGUUGCAUAGCCUACCUCUGGGGAGAAGAAGCCCUAGGAUGCGAAAACUGCCCAAGCUGCCCACUGCCAAGUUCUGUCCCCCCAUUAAAACCCCAGGAAGGGUUUGUUUAGCCGUGGAUAUUCAUUUGAACAGAAGCACCAGCCAGUGUGUGUGUGUGUGUGUGUGUGUGUGUGUGUGUGUGAGUGAGAGAGGGAGGGGGUUUGUGAGACUGCCUUUAGAUUCCCCCUAAUUUGUUUGAUUCCACACUAGUGCUGCUAUAGCCUCCAUUCACCGUCAUUUUUGUGUGUGUCCCUCUAAUCUAGACUCUUCCAGAUUAGUUUGAUUCCACAGUGUUUCUAGCCACCAGGCAGUGUGUGUGUGUGUGUGUGUGUGUGUGUGCGUGCGCGUGCGCGCGCCUUUACAUUCCCCCAGAUUAGUUUGAUUCCACAGUGCUGCUGCAGGCACUGCAAGUCCCAUCACCUUGGUGACUGUGACUGCGCCUACGUGGGCCUUGGUCCAUUUGCACUUUGCCCCGGCGUCUCCUAAUUCCACGGCCUUCAAGGAUCCUUAUGUGUGUUCUGAUUCUGAAGUAUGUCAUUACUUGUUCCCAUGGCAUCAAGCUGUAUGCGCAAAGAAUGAGUCAUUUUUCGAUUCUGUGCAGCUGUGGUAAACUCCAUAACAGUAACCACACCCCUCCUCACAGAAAGAGGGAAGAAGUUGUAGACAAAUGAAACUGCUAAUUAAUUUCAGUGUGAAUUGAUUUUUGUUGGAACACAACACUGCUGUUUCAAGGUAAUGCCAGAUAUGAACAAUAGCCUUUCAGCUCCAGGGUGAAUUAUUGUUUAUUUUUCCACAGAAUGUUACUCUGUGUCUGUGUGUGUGUGUGUGUGUGUGUGUGUGAUGAAGCCAAAUGAAUGCAUGGGUUGGGUCCAGACACGGCCUGUUGUGGCGAUAUGAAACGCAGAGAGCCAUCUCUUCAAAGCCAAACGUGCGCUCACCUAAUCUCGUUAGAGCGCCGUAAUGCGAUUGCUCUGUCUCCAUAAUCACAGAGGACGCUGCUAAUUGGCCCAUCUCUCCGUGCACAUCUUCAGGCAGACACAUCGGGGCUCUUCCUGAUUCCGGAUUUUUCUCUGAACGGAGCCUCUGCUCCGCGGCCUCCGCAUCAUGUCGCCAGCCACCUGAUCCAGGAUCAGAUUACCUAUUCACCCCCCACUUAUUUGCCCUAUUUACCCCCCCAUCUUAGUCUUUAGACUACAGGUCUGGCCUCUCUCAGGUCCUUCCUACAUAAUCAAAGCUUGGAGCCAGCUGUUUGCCCAUGGUUGAGUGGAGUUUCUGUAGGUCUGGCUUACCAUAGGGGUUCAGUUAAGCUAAUUGCUUAAUUGAAAAAUUAACCCUGCGUCUGUUUGAACGCCCACACACAUGAGUCUGUUAUGUUCAAGCAGAACUAUUAGGCUAUUUUGCUGUGCAUAGACCAGGUCUGCACUAUAGCUGUUGUGUAACAGUAGGUUCACAGCUGCUGUAGGAAAGCGUGUUUGCACAUUCCCUCUUUCACAUGUGUCUCCUUCUGUAGGAAGACAGGAGGCGAAAUGAAAGCAGUCAGCUCCAAACCUGAAGCUGUCGCAUUCUGGGUCCCAACCCGGCUGAUCUCCUUCAGGCUUUGCCUGUGUCUGCGGGCAGAAGAAACACGCAUACAUUAUGCUAACGUGGGAUUAGUACGGUUACGGCUACACUAAACUCACAUCGCCUGAAGCUGAAAAAAAAGAGAGAAGCUGUCACCCUAAAUAGAUUUCCCUCUCACACUGCUCUUUAUGACUACACCAACAUGAUUCCUUAUUCCUUGUAAGCUACUCUUAUGGACAAGGACAGUCAUGUUUUUGGAUAACAGCGCAGACUGGAUGGAAAUUCCAGUGGGACAAAAGGAUAAUUUAGUAACAGUGUAUAGUUGCCAUAUAAUGUUCGUUCAAUGAGCCUGGUGCCAUGAGGGUUGAAGGCUUUGCCAUGAUGGCACGCCAGACCAACCAAUCAAAGUUCAUGUCCUCAGUCAUCUCUGCUAUGACAUUACCUCCUUUUGGUUCUGAAAUGUUGUCCCCCGAAGUAGAAGUGGUUCUGGGAUAUGUAGUUCACAACGAGUCCGUGGAGUGCAACAGGACGGCGGAUGCGAACAAGACGUCGGGGUCAGGGUGUGUGGUCUCGACUGCGACUCAAACACCGAAGAACUGGGCGGCGCUCCUGAUCCUGGCAGCCAUCAUCAUCACCGUCAUGGGCAAUAUCCUGGUCAUCAUGGCUGUCACGCUGGAGAGGAAACUUCAGAACGCCACCAACUACUUCCUGAUGUCACUGGCCGCCGCAGACCUGCUGCUUGGCCUCCUGGUCAUGCCCAUCGCCAUGGUCAACAUCCUGUAUGAUUACAGCUGGCCCCUCCCCUCAACUCUCUGUCCAAUCUGGAUCUUCCUGGACGUCCUGCUGUCCACGGCAUCCAUCAUGCACCUGUGCGCUAUAUCUCUGGACCGCUACAUCGGCAUCCGAAACCCCAUCCACCACAGCCGCUCCAACUCCAGAACCAAAGCCCGCAUCAAGAUUGGCGCUGCCUGGACAGUCUCUGUGGUCAUCUCCUUACCCGUCCCAGUGCUGGGCCUUCAGAACCACUCCAAGUUCUUCCAGGGCCGAAGCUGCCAGAUGACUGACGACAGUUUCGUCCUGAUUGGCUCCUUCGUGGCGUUCUUCAUCCCCCUCAUCAUCAUGCUGGUGACGUACUUCCUCACCAUCAGCACGCUGCAGAGCGAGGCUACGGUCUGCCUGGACCAACUGGUGCCCCGGCCCAUGUGGGCGUCGGCCCUGGGCCUCAUCCCGCGCGGCUCCGUCUCCUCCGAGCGCCUGUUCCUCCAGCGCUCGCUCAGCCGGGAUGGCGGGGAUGCCACAGCGGUGACGGGCGUGGGGGUCCCGUUCGGCCGCCGCACCAUGCAGUCCAUCAGCAAUGAGCAAAAGGCCUCCAAGGUCCUGGGCGUGGUCUUCUUUCUGUUCGUGAUCAUGUGGUGCCCGUUCUUCGUGACCAACGUGCUGGCUGUGGUGUGCGACGCUGCCGUGUGCCCUCCUGACCUCAUGGGGGCACUGCUGAACGUCUUCGUGUGGGUGGGCUAUAUGUCAUCGGCUGUCAACCCCUUGGUCUACACGCUCUUCAACAAGACGUACCGUGCCGCUUUUGCACGCUACGUGCGCUGCCGAUGUAGGGAGCAGAGAAGGCCCCUGCAGUUCAUCCUGGUCAACACCAUCCCACCGCUUGCCUACAGCUCCUCACAGAUGCACUUGAGGGCCGAUGGAACACUCAGGAGGGACACAGAACCCAGUGGUUUGGGGGGGUCUAUAGGAAUGAAUGCACUGCAGUCCUCCAAAUGCUCUGGGUAUGAACCUGAUGAGAUUAGCCGUGUUUAGAACUUGGAUGUUGGCACCAAUGGAUGUUGAGUUUCCUCUUCAACAGGGGACAUAGACUGAAACUUGAAAGAUAUUCUG